GCGAGCGCUGGAUUCGCUACUUUCAUUCUGCUCAUUGAGGUUUCAACUCGCGACACAAGCGGCUGUCCGUCACUCUCUCCUGCUGAAAAUGAUCCUAAAAUUCACCUGCCUGCUGGGAUUGCUGCUCUGCGGCUGUCAAGCGGUGCUUCAGGUGUCAAUAUCACUGAAUAAAGUGGAACUGAGUGUUGGAGAGUCGAAAUUCUUCACAUGCACAGCCAUUGGUGAGCCGGUGAGCAUAAACUGGUUUAGUCCUCAAGGCGAGCGCAUCAUCUCCAACCAGAGAGUCAUCGUGCAUACGGAGGGCGUGCGCUCCAGGCUGACCAUCUACAACGCCAUCAUCGAGGAUGCUGGGAUUUACCGAUGCCAGGCUGUGGACGCCAAGGGACAAAGCCAGGAGGCCACUGUGGUGCUGGAGAUUUACCAGAAGCUGACGUUCCGCGAGGUGAAGACGCCGCAGGAGUUUCGUCAGAGCGAGGACGCUGAGGUCGUCUGUGAUGUCAUCAGUUCACCGGUGCCGGCCGUGUCCUGGUUCUACAAGAACCGAGAAAUCACGUCUGAACCCAACAGCAGACUUCAGGUGCUUCCCAGCAACAACCUGCAGAUCCUGCGAGUGAGUAAAGCUGACGAGGGAGUGUACCGCUGUGAGGCGCGUGUGGAGGCCCGAGGAGAAAUCGACUUCAGGGACAUCGUGGUGCUGGUCAACGGCAGAGCUCGGCGCUAUCAAAUCCUGACGACGGCUCAUUCUGCAGAACAAGUUCCUCCGGUUCUGUCAGUGCUGCAGCAGUCCUUCAAUGCCACCGCCGACUACCAGGAGUCAGUGACGUUCACCUGCAUCACAUCUGGCUCCCCCGACCCUCAGGUGACCUGGUACUGGAAGGGUCACGUGAUCGAGCGAUCAGAGCAGUAUGUGCUUAACACGCUGGAUGGGGGCAAAAGCACGCUGACCAUCAAAAACAUCCGGCAGGGUGACGGUGGGCCGUAUACAUGCCGUGCGAGCAACAAGGCCGGGAGCUCCGAGAGCCAGCUCUUCCUCAAAGUGUUCGUCCAGCCGCACAUCACUCAGCUGAGGAACGUGACGGCCGUGGAGGGAAGCGCUGCUAUGAUCUCCUGUACAGCGGAGGGAGAACCGCUCCCCGAGAUCUCAUGGAGGAGAGCCAGUGAUGGGAAGACGUUCACAGAUGGAGAUAAGAGUCAGGACGGCCGUGUGGAAGUGCGCGGACGCCACGGUAAAUCCAUGCUGACCAUCAGCGGCGUUCGACUCUCAGACUGGGGCCGAUUCGACUGUGAAGCUCUCAGCAGGAUCGGGGGCCAUCAGAAGAGCAUGUUCCUGGAUAUCGAGUAUGCGCCGAAGUUCCAGACCAAUCAAACCAUCUUCUACUCAUGGGAGGGAAACCCGGUGAACAUCAGCUGUGAUGUGAAGUCCAACCCUCCGGCGACCAUGCUGUGGAGACGAGAUCGCUUCACCAUCUCCAGUCAAGGAACCAGCAACAUCCGCAUUCACAGCGCAGACGGCCGAUCGCUUCUAGAGGUCACUCCGGUGUCCGACAGGGAUUUUGGACGCUACAACUGCACAGCCAGAAACAACAUCGGCGCUCGAUACCAGGAGUUUAUAUUAGCACAGGCAGACGUCCCGUCGCACCCGUACUCCGUUCGCCUCACCGCCGUCUCCCAACGUCUCGCCACCGUCUCCUUCAUGAAGCCCGACUCUCACGGCGGCGUCCCCAUCAGCUACUACAUCAUCCACUACAGGGACACGAGCGCACAGGACUGGAGGACCGUCAGAUCACACGCAGUUCAGAUGGUUCUGGCAAACCUGGAGCCCAACACGACGUAUGAGGUGCGCGUGGCGGCCGUCAACGGAAAGGGUCAGGGGGACUUCAGCCACACGGAAACCUUCCAGACGUUACCCAUCCGCGAGCCGAGUCCUCCGACGGUUCACGGUCAGAGAGGUGUUGGGAAGGCCUACAGACUCGGACUGAUCAAACAGGACGACGGCGGGAUGCCCAUCGUCGAGUACAUCGUCAAGUAUAAAACGGAUAAAGAGGAGCAGUGGAUGACAAAGCUGGUUCCCGGUGUGAAUGAUUUCGCACUGCUGCAGCCGCUGCAGUGGAACACACGCUACAACGUGGAGAUCACGGCACGUAACGUCAAGGGCCUGUCGGAGCCCACCUUCUUCCAGUUCCUCACGCCGCAGAAACCCGACAUCACAGCAGACUCCCUGUUCAGCGGCCUGGGCCUCGGCGCGGUGGUGGGGCUCGGCGUGGCGGCUCUUCUUCUGCUGCUGGUGCUGGUGGACAUCAGCUGCUUCUUCCUGCGUCAGUGUGGCCUGCUCAUGUGCAUCACGCGCAAGCUCUGCAGCAAGAAAACCUCCACCAGCGGCAAGAGCAAAGAGCUGGAGGAGGGCAAAGCAGCCUAUCUGGUUGAUGGCUCGAAGGAGCCCAUCGUGGAGGUGAGAACUGAAGAAGAGAGAAUUACUAACCAGGAGGACAGCAGUCCAGUGCACGAACCCAAUGAGACGACUCCUCUGACAGAGCCAGAGAAGCUCCCGCUGAAGGAGGAGAACGGCAAGGAGGUGCUAAAGCCGGACUUGAUCGAGAUCAAGGUCCACACAGACAACAGCAUCCACACAAAACAGGACGACAGCAAAGCGUAAUGGAGCCCGGAGACGAUCCCAGCCUGAACAAACUCAGACCAAAUGUAGAAAGCAGAAAAUAUCAUAAAAGAGAAACGAAAAGAGAAGAAAAAAAUAAAAAAGGGUGUGUAAAUAUGUUCAAAUGCAAAAAGAGACUGCGUUUUUGUGAUAAAUCUACUGUCCUUUCUAUUCACGAUGACUCCAGCGCUACUUUUCGGUUGGCGUUUGCGUCUUGAUGUUUUGGUUUGGCCAUGGAGGAUCUCAGAAAUGAAUUUCCAGACCUUUCUUCUACUUUCCAGGCAUGUCGAGUCAAUUUUUUUCUGCCCAGCGGGACAUUGUGUUGUGUCUAUAGUCGUGAUGAUUUCAGAUUCUGGGCUUCUCAUCUAAAUGUGUUAGAGACUUCAUCGGUUUUUGGCUUUUUCGAUGUUUUGGAUUUCCAGAUGGAUUGGAUUUCUUCUAUUUUUCCAGGCAUGUCCGGCGAGAACUAGGUGAUGCGUCUUAUGUAUGUCGAUUUCUGAAGCUUAAAGACCUCAUCGGUUCGUGUUUUCCAUUUUGUCGUCAUGAGUUUUAAACGCAGGGGUCACUUCGCAAAAGAAACCUGGCAAAACUUUGUAGUAAAGUGACUUUGUAGUUUGGAUUUGCUCAACUGCCAUGAUGCCAGAUGAAAUGCUCUUAUUAAUUUAUGUUGAUUAAUGUGUGCAUGUGUGAGUGUAUGUGAGAAUGAGUACGCAAAUACACGAACAAAGAUGCGAAUGUUUGACAGACGCUUUGUGAGCGCAGUGUUGCUAGAGUUUGCUUUAAUUCGUUAUUCAGGUAACUGCUGUGAACAUGAAAUCAGUUGAAUUAAUUUGCUCAGGAGGAUUAUCUUCAAACGGUUCAGCUGGAAAACUUUUAUUAAUAUUUUAUUUAGGUUUUUUAUAUAAUUUAAAUUUUAGUUUACAUUUUUCUAAUUUAUUAUGUGAUUUUCUUAUUUAUUUGUAAUUUUUAUUAGUUUUUGUCUUAUAUAUAUAUAUAUAUAUAUAUAUUAGUCAACAUUGCUCAU